UCAGUACAUGAAAUUUUUAUUUUAGGCACGAGAAUCAUAAAGAAGAAGACUUAAAUAUAUUUUUUAUUUGGAAACGAAAGAAGUUAUACAUUAUGUUUAGCGGUAUACCAACGAUGAUGAAGUAUGCCGAACAAUCGCCUUAUCAUUGUGGUUGCAGCGGUUUUAGUUUCGACAAUUGUUUGCGCAAUAAAAGACUUGUGGAGAGUGGUAUUUUGGAGCCGAAUCGUAUCAGCACGGGCACCACCAUAGUCGGCGUAAUUUAUGAUGGAGGAGUCAUAAUUGGCGCAGAUUCCAGGGCCACCAACGCCAACAUAAUACCUUCGAGUAAUAGCCGCAAAAUUUAUGAACUGCAGGCCAACAUUUUUGCCGGUGGUGCCGGAGUCGCACAAGAUACAAGUGCUUUGAUGGAGGUGACGCGUGCGCAGCUGGAACUCCACCGCAUGAACACCGGAUUCCGCAAAGUGCCAGUGCGCUGUGCCAACCAGAUGGUGAGGCAGCUGCUCUACCGCUUCAGCGGCAACAUGGAGGCCAACGUGGUCAUCGGCGGGGUGGAUCGAACCGGAACCCAUCUUUUCUGCACUCGGUUCGACGGCACCACGGACACAGUGCCGUUCACCUCGCUGGGCUCCGGCAGUCUCGCGGCCAUGUCCAUGCUAGAGUCGCGGUGGUCGGAGGGUCUGGACGAACAGUCCGCCCGUGAUCUCGUCUGCGCAGCCGUGGCCGUUGGCAUGGAGAAUGACCUGAACUCCGGUGGAAGGACUUGGCUGUGCAUCAUUCGGUGCGACUUCUCUGUGCACUGGAAUAUGGAGAGCCCCGACAGAAAUACCCUCUUCCGAACCCUUCCGGUGGCUAUCAAGCUCGGAUGCACCGCAGUUCUGUCCACCAUCGAGCACAAGGUGGUGCCGUGGGGAGAGGCUCCAGAUGCGAGACCAGGAUGUCACACGGAUCCAGGACCAGGACGUUCUGACACAAGAGGGAGAGACGGCCGACGUCAUGAGUCCAAAAAUUCUGGCCCACCAAAGCCGAAAAGGAGGAGGCUGGAUACAGAUGAUUCCUCAACGUGACAUGAUUGCUGACGGGUAGAACUUUACAGCUGCAAUCUCUGGCACAUUUUUGGAUUUAUUUUUUUAUUAUCUUUCAAGUUAGUCGCUGCUACGAGUUUAAUUGUUUUGAAUUAAUUUAAUCACACUAACUUACCAAAUAUAUACGUAUGACACGCUUCAAACGCUCCACAAAA